AUGACGUUGGAGCCAGGACGUACCUAUGGUGCCUCAAUUAGUUACACAAAGGACGACGAUUCGAAAAUCGGAGAUGUGUUCACAGUCUCCAAGAGCAACAGAGAGGCAUUAAAGUUCCCUCGCUGGGCCCCGUCUUGGGACCCAAAAGAGGACCACAAGUUUGAGCACUUGAAGCCCUUUAGGCACAUCGACAGAGGUUUGUUCGGAGAUCCUACCUUCAAGUCUCUACGUGAAGAUAAUAAGGAUGUCACCUUCAGGAAAGUGUCUCCUAAAUUUGGCUUAGAAGUCGAUGGGAUCCAGUUAAGCACGCUAUCAAACAAACAAAAAGACGAUUUGGCCUUGUUAGUGGAAACUGCGGGCGUUGUGGCCUUCAGAAACCAGGACUUCAAGUUGCAAGAGUUUGACAAAAUAAAGGAUUGGGCCAAAUAUUACGGUCCUUUAGAUGUCCAUGCGACCUCUGGGGCUCCGAUUAACCAUCCAGAAUUCCAUAUUGUGUUCAAGAGGAGUGACCCUGACCAUCAUCUGAAGGUUUUUGAGCAGACACUGAAUAACAUCUACUGGCACUCGGAUGUAAGUUAUGAGCCUCAACCACCCGGAGUUACCCUCUUUGCUAUGCUAGAAACGGGUUUGGGUGGUGAUACUCAAUUUCUUGAUUCCUUUGAAAUCUACGACAGGUUAUCACCAUUGAUGAAGAAGAAGCUAGAGGGCCUUAAAGUACUACAUUCCUCCAAAGAGCAAGCAGCACAGAAUACUUUCGAAGGUGGGAUAGAGAGGAAAAAAGCAGUGGAGUCUAUUCACCCAUUGGUUAGAUACCACCCUGUUUUAAAAAGAAAAUUUCUUUACAUCAAUAGUGUUUUUUCCAAAAGAGUGUUAGGGCUAAAAGCAGAAGAAAGUGAAAACUUGAUGUCUUUUCUCAACAAGCAUUCAGCGAGCUGCCUCGACGCUCAUGUGAGAUUGCAGUGGGACGAAAACACUGUGGUUUUGUGGGAUAAUAGGAGAGUCUUACAUACUGGUACUUCUGAUUUUAAUACCACCGAUAUAAGACAUGCUUUCAGAGUGACCACUAUGGCUGAAAGACCAUUUGAAAACGAGCAAGAAUACGAAAACUGGACUCCUGAGCAGGAAGAGGAAAACAUCAAGCUUAAAGAUCAUUAUCUCGGUUUGAGUCCAGCACAGUACUACGAGGAAACUAGUAAUAAAUAA